CAGUGUUCUCCAAUAUAGUCUAGUUACAUUGACUCCAAGAUAUGAAAAGUAAGAAUAUGUGAGUGACCCAACAAACACUAAGGGUCUAUUAGACUGAUUACAAAUUUUCAAUGUAAUAUGGCGGAUACUCAACCAACGACCGACACACCUGAUGGACAAAAUCCUUCCAGUCCGGAGAAAAACACAGAUGGUGCGACGCCUCCAGCAGUUCCUAACAGAAAACGUCGGUCAUCAAUGCGCAAAGUGGUUAAUGUAUUUCGUGCAAGUUCUAGGCUUCGUGGAAAACCUUCCAUUCAAGAAAUUAUCACAGAGGAAGAGUCUGGCGAAAUACCCGACAGUACAGAAAAAACUGUUGUUCAAAACAAAUCUAAUUCUUUGCGAAGAACGAAGACAAAAUCGUUUUUGAUAACUGGGAAAAAGAAAAAAGCACAAAAAUUAUUGGUUCCAAAGAAGGAAAAGCAAGAAGAAGAGAUAGUCAAAAAUGAAGUUUCCGAAGAAUGUUUUCCGGACACAAUAACGAAAUGUUUCGAAACGAUCGAUACCAGUGUAAAAGAAGAUGAUUUCAUGGCUGACAUAGAGCAAGAGGAAGAUACUGCGGAAGACUCCAUGGUUAAGUUUGUGAUGCAGGAAAUUGAAGGAGGGUUUUUUGUGGGACCGGCGCUGAGGUAAUUUAUUUGCUGUAUACAGGAGCUUUUAGAUUCUAUAGUUUACCCAUAGAACAUUUUGUUUGAAUAUUGUUUUACUGGCAUUGACAACAACUUGGCCUUGGAAAUUUGAUGAAAGUAUCUUUUUCUUAUUUAAUGGUAAUGUCUUGUACCGGAUCAUGGAUGAUUUGUGCAAACAAAGUAUGCUAAUAACCCAUAACUUAAUCCGUAUGAGUGCAUACUAGGAUAAUACGGGAUAGGAAGAAGAGUAUCCUGAUUGUGAUGUCGAAAUUUGGUGGCUACGGUGUUGUCUGCUUCUCCAAACGCUGCUUUUUUCAAAAUAUUCAGGUCCUGACAAUAAAAAUACUUCCAGCUUAGAAAAUGUUCAUAUAUAACCCAGAUUCAGGCGCAAAAAUUGAACAAAAUUCUUUUGCUAUCAUUCUCUGCGUCUCCGUGGCGCAAGAGAGAUGACGAUUUUCUC